GCCGCAGUUCGUAUAAGAUUUUAGAGAAGAAAUAUUGGCAACCAGCACAACCUAAAUAGACAAUUGAAAAGUUUGGCAAUAAAUAAACAAUUUGGAUAAUUUGUAAUAAGAAUAAUAGGCGGAUCGGAAAAGCCGCAUCAAGAAUUUAGUGCCUUUGUUUAUACAUACGAUAUAGUACUUGUUCAACGCAACAAGAAUUUGUGUCGAAAGUUAAAGAAUUUCUGUGCCAGUUGUACUAAAAUAGCAUCCAAGAUGUCAGAGCCCGCAGCCCAACAACAGCAACAGCAAAAUGGGAAAGAACGUUCCAAGUCAACGGAGGAGAAAGAGAUACCACGCGAACCAGCAUUGGUUUGCAAGGAAAUCGAUAUAAAGACUGAAUUAGAGUGCCUAGUUAAGUUGCUUGAUGGCAAGAUCUACAAAGAGGAGGAAGUGGCCAUGGAGGAGCUGCAUCAGUAUUUGAUCGAGGACGAUGGCUCUUGGGCAUUGGGCGAUAACUUCCUGGUGUUUGUCCAACGGGUACUGCGCGACGUGCAGGCCUUCUCGCCAGACACACGGAUACACUUGAUACGCACACUGGCCUACGCAGCGCUCAAGGACGAUGUCAUAAUUAUUCUGCAUCAGGACCGCAGGGACCAUACGCUGAUGAAUUUUGCACAGGACAUUGAUAAGCACACACCUGAAGAGCAGCAGGCCUGGGCCAUGUUUAUGUGCAAUCUCUUUGAGAAUGUGGGACCCUCUGAGUGGCUGCUGUAUAUUUCUGAAUGGGAAUACAAUGGGCAAACAAUCUCUAAUAUUCGCGUAACUACAAAGGUAGCCGUACACUGCAUACUCUCUAAUUGUCCGCAGCUGAAAAAUAUUGGUUCCAUGAUCCUUUACAACAUUGCAAUCAAGGAGGUUAAAACUGUGGUCUUUGAUGAUGUGGCCAUCGAGCUGGCCAUGGCUAUACUACAGUUUUUCCAGAGCAGUCCAAAUGAAGAUCAAAUCUUUCGCUCCCUUAAAGCGCUCGCACGUUUUCUUGAGGUAUCACCAGACGUAGCCGCCAUUAUACAGAUGAUUGGCCCGCAUCCAAAACAAUUUGCCGGCAAGAGCGAGCGCGUCGACGAGCUGGUCAAGAUCAUUAGUCGCAAAGUGCCUGCAUAAGACAAAGUUUCUCUAUGGUCCAUUUGCUGGCCCAUGCCCAUAAAUCUUCACGUACAUACUAUAAGCAAAUAACUAUAGCGCCCAUUACAACAUACAUAUAUUCGUACACCUAUGAUAUUCUCCUUCAUUUUUGUAAGCAUUUUUGCGACACAAUAAACAUAAUUUUCUUAAAUCAUA